AUGGAUUAUCCUAGUGUUAUGGCUAUAUCAUGGGGCGAUGGAGACCCCAGAAAGGACCCUAUCUCGGUGGUCUUUCUGGAAAAAGAUGGCCGAUUACGAGAUCAUGCCAAAUUCGACAACCUGAAGGACAAGGACCUAGAAAAUGAGUUUUUGGGCCUAAUCAAGCAACGCAAUCCUAGUGUUCUUGUCAUUGGUGGGUUCAGUCCUGCCACCCAUCGCCUUGUCGAGAUCAUCAGACCGUUGGUAUAUGAUCCCGACUGGGUGAAAGCCCAGACGGAGAAAGGACACCCUCCUUCUGAAUCAGUUGGGUUUGAUAAUCGAGACUCAAAGAACCCUCUGCAUGUCAAAUUUGUACAAGAUGCUGUCGCCCGUAUCUUUCAACAUAGUAAACGGGCUGCAGAGGAAUUUGGGACCUUGUCUCUCACAAGCCGUUAUUGUAUCG